AUGUCUGCUUCAAACGUCCAAUCAGUCUCUCCAGAUAUGGAAAGAGUUUUGAAUAUGCUCAAAGUGACUACAAAGUUGCAAAAGACAGUGCCUAACCGUGCAUUGACCACAGAACAAUUGGUUAGUUUUUUCAUCUUCUUCUUUAUAAUUUUCUUAUGAACUAUAAUAUUCAAUUUUCAGGAAGUCAAAAUGUUCCUCAGCAACUUUGUCUAUACAAUGAUGAGAGAAAUCAUCGACCACGGAAUUGUUGAAGAGAAAAUGCAACUCCGAUUCUUGGACCAAGUUCGGCAAAUCAAAGAUUAUGUGCAAGGAAUUUUGUGCUCUCGGUCGUUUUUGGAACGUCAAACUCAUCUUUUUCAACAUCUUCCACUCUACCUUUAUCCAUUCAACGAUAAUUUGAAGAGGGAAUUGGAGGAAUAUAAAUACAGCGCUACUUAUAUCGCUGCAAUGCGAACUGUUGUAAAUUAUUAA